AUGACCUGCAGAACAAGGCUGACAAGAGGGCGAGUUACAUGUCAUUGUGCCACUUCAAGAUCUGUAACAUGGGUAGGAAGAGGACUCUCUGGCCAAGGAACUAAGCACGCGUACUCCCAUCCCCACUCCAGCAGUAUUUACCCCCUCUACUCCAUCUUUACCCCCAUCUCUACCACCAAACUCAUGUUUCCACACCUUCAACUACGCCUAUCCCCUCUCCUCUACCCCUACUUCUACUACUACACCCCUUUCCUCUCCUAUUUCGACCGGAACGGAGACAAUUUCCCAGUCUUCCGCUACCGGUAUCCGAUCCCCAACACACUAGCGUACAAUCGAACGACCGCCGACUCGUAA